UAUAAGGAGGUGGAGGUGGCAGCUGCCCAGCUCGGCGUCCUCCCCUCCCUUCCUCCCCACAUCCCUCUCCUCCUCACUCCCAGGCCCAUUGCUCUUCCUCCCUCCUUUCCCUCCCUUCUUCCCUUCACCCCAGGCUCACUCUCGGAGCCGAGCCAGCUGGGUCAGCGUCUGCUGGCCGCCGUGCUUGUGGCCCUGUAGCUAGCCUUUGCCCGCCCCGCCACGAUGGAGGUGCCCCCGCAAAAGUCUGCGCCAGGCUCGGCUCUCAGUCCUGCCCGCGUGCUCGGUGGCAUCCAGCGGCCGCGCCACCUCCCAGGCUUCGGGCUGGGGUCUGAUGGCUUCCUGGGGUCUCCGGAGCGCGCGGCUUCCUCCUCUCCAGUUACCACUCUUACCCGGACCAUGCACAAUCUCGCUGGGCUCGGCAGCGAGACCCCAAAGACUCAAAAAGGAAGCCUGAGGUUCCAGAACAGGCUGGCAGGCCUGUCCCUGUCCAGGCACACCUCUGAAUCCUCGCUGUCGUCUGAGUCCUCAGACUCUUCUGAUGCAGGUCUCUGCAUGGACUCCCCCAGCCCUGUGGACCCACAGACGGCAGAGCACUCGUUCGAGCAGGCCAUUCAGGCAGCCAGUCGGGUCAUUCAAAAUGAGCAGUUUACCAUAAAGCGCUUCCGAUCCUUGCCAGUGAGGCUGCUGGAACACAGCCCUGUGCUACAGAACAUUAGCAACUCCCAAGCACUGGACAGCCGGAAGGAAAAUGAAGCUGGCUACAGAGCUGCUGACAGCCCUGGGGAGGACAAGGAGAAUGAUAGAUAUCUCUUCAGGGUACCAUGGAAGCCUACUCAUCCCAGCCCUUUGAAAGCUCUGGCAGAGUGGGCUAGCCGCAGAGAGGCCUUUACCCAGAGGCCAAGCUCAGCCCCUGACCUGAUGUGUCUUACCCCUGAAAGGAAGAUGGAAGUAGAGGAGUCUUCCUCUUCCAUGACUCCUGUUGAAAGGGCUUCUGAAGAAGAUGACGGGUUUGUGGACAUCCUGGAGAGUGAUUUAAAGGAAGAUGAUGUGGUCCCCCCAGGCAUGGAGAACCUCAUUAGUGCCCCACUGGUCAAAAAGCUGGAUAAGGAAGAGGAACAGGAUCUCAUCAUGUUCAGCAAGUGCCAGCGGCUCUUCCGCUCUCCAUCUAUGCCGUGCAGUGUGAUCCGGCCCAUCCUCAAGAGGAUAGAGCGUCCCCAGGACAGGGAAGCGCCUGUCCAGAGCAAGCGCAGAAAGAGCGUGACACCCCUGGAAGAACAGCAGCAGCCUGAAGAACCUAAGGCCCGUGUCUUCCGCUCAAAGUCCCUGUGUCAUGAGAUUGAGAGCAUCCUAGACAGUGACCAACGUGGAUUGAUCGGAGAUUACUCUAAGGCUUUCCUCCUGCAGACUGUGGAUGGCAAACACCAGGACCUCAAGUAUAUCUCACCAGGAACUAUGGUGGCCCUGUUGACAGGCAAGUUCAGCAGCAUCGUGGAGAAAUUUGUAAUUGUGGACUGCCGAUACCCCUAUGAGUAUGAAGGCGGCCAUAUCAAGAAUGCUGUGAACUUGCCCCUGGAACGGGACGCAGAGACCUUCCUGCUGCAGCGUCCCAUCAUGCCUUGUAGCCUGGACAAGAGAAUCAUCCUCAUUUUCCACUGUGAAUUCUCGUCUGAGCGUGGCCCACGCAUGUGCCGAUUCAUCAGGGAACGGGACCGCGCUGCUAACGACUACCCCAACCUCUACUACCCCGAGAUGUAUAUCCUCAAAGGCGGCUACAAGGAGUUCUUCCCACAGCAUCCGAACUUUUGUGAGCCCCAGGACUACCGGCCCAUGAACCAUGAGGCUUUCAGGGAUGAGCUGAGGACCUUCCGCCUCAAGACACGCAGCUGGGCUGGGGAGCGGAGCCGGAGGGAACUCUGCAGCAGGCUGCAAGACCAGUGAUGAGCCGGCCUCAGUCCUGCUGCCAUCCUUACCUCGUGGGGCUUGGGAGCCAGUGGGUCCCAUGGGCCUAAGAGGCCACCUCUCUGCUAGAGGCCUCAGGUGCUAUUGGGAGUUAGGAGAAAGGUGUGGUGUCGUGUCUGUCUGUCCCUGUCCUCGAUUCCCCUGUCUCACUUCAGUCCCUUCUUGAAGAGCCCAGCCUGAUGGGUGGGUACUGAAAGUGCUUCAUGUUCUGUGGGAACUCUGUUUUACAGUCUUUUUUUCCAUAUUUGUGUUAACUCUUUGUCUUCCUGUGUUCAGUAGGCCCCCUUUAUGGGGAGAGCCUCAGCCCUUUAGGAUGAGCAUAGUAGCAAUUCGGGUGGCCUGGACCUGUUGGCUUUCCUCUGCCGCCUUUGUACAGACACCUCCAUUGAAAACAUAAGCACUUACUUUUUCCUGCUGUAGUCUUACCUGCAGCUUUUUACUUCUGUUUGUCUGACUUAGUGUAUUUCAGGACACACUGACAGCUGAGUAGGCUCCCUUGUACAGCUGGUGGUUAGAGAUUCAAAUAUCACGUCCUCGUUAGGCCUGGCUUUUUCUUCUCCUCUAAGGUCCCCAGGGCAAGAACAAAGGCCUGAUUCUGGAGCUUCCAGGAGCCCCAGUCCCACUGCUGUGAACCCCAGAGCCUCACUGGUCAGAAGCUGCUUCUGGGCAAUGGACAAGUCACUGAGCUUCAUUUCUUAAUCCUUCUCUUCUCCACCCCUGUCCUCCCUUUCCUUUUUCCCAUGUCUGGUCCAGACAGCCUGUUGAGUAUGUGUGGUUUUUGCUGUGUGGCUAUGCGAGUACUUUGGCCUGUUACAGAUGGACAGGAGGCUGGAUGGACAUGGGUGCACAGUGCCUUGCAUACACGGAUGCACACUAACUGAGUGGUAGUAUUUCGGUGAGCAUGAUGGCCUAUGGCAGGAGUGUGUGUGUGUGUGUGUGUGUGUGUGUGUGUGUGUGAAAAAAGCCUUUACACUUAGAAUUUGGAAAUAGUCAAGAAACAUCAUGGAAAGCAGCUAAAUAUAAACAAAACAAAACCAAGCAACCUCUGGCUUCAGAAUCUACAUAGGAGAAGGUCAUGCUGGAAGGCUCCAGUGAAUCCUCUGGCAAGGCCUUGGUUUAAUAAAGCACUGAGCAAGA